AUGCCUGAGGGCACGCGCUCCCAUCGUAAGGGUCAUUACUCCUGCGACUUUUGCCGAGCACGUAAGCUUCGGUGUGAUAGACCGCUGCCGUGCACGAACUGCGUGUCGCGAGGGAAGACAUGCCAUUUCGGGCCUUCUGCUGGUCAACAUACUCGAGCGCCUCGCACGGUCAUCUCACCUGCAGUUCCUGCUCAACACCAGCAGCAAAUAGUCUCAAAUCCCACUCCCCCUUCUCCUCAACUGCCCUCACCCCGGCCGUCUGGCCCAGACCAGGGAUUACUAGCCGAGAUACAGGCAUUAAGGAAGCUAGCCCACGACUUGGAGAAACGGGUCGUCCAGAGCACUGGCCGCCAACCCGAGAAUGAUGGCGGUGACUACUCCCUGUUGCCUCCACCUACCAGCCCCGAAUCGUCUCGCGUGGACAUGGGUGUGGCUCCCACGUCCGGUCUCGGACAGGUCAGCCAGGUAGUGGCACAUCUCGAGCAUGUGUCCAUGGUGCAGAACUCCCAGGAACCGGUAUACGGCGAUGAUCUAGUGUUUAAGGUCGAGCGCAUCAGGACGAUCCCUCGCGCACCCAGUUACACGGUGCAACUGGGCAAGCUAACACGCUGCGUCUGGCUGCCGCGGCAUGAGGAGGCCAGGGUACUUCUAGACAAGUUUGUCACCAAUGUAAGCUACAUCCACCACGUGGUACACCAUCCCUCACUGCCGGCCAUUAUCGAUACCAUCUACCGUCGUAUUAGCGACCAAGCGCCUGUAAAGCCUGGCCAUCUUGUCCUUCUGCUCAGCAUUGUCGCCAGUGCAACGCACGUCUGGACAUCUCAUGAUAAUACCGAUGAUGAAGGCUCUCUCUUCUCGUCCUCAGCCGAGGCCAAUGCACAAACGUCCUUCUGGAUCAAGGCGACAUACGAUGUGCUCAACGCCGGUCAGAACUAUCCAGCACUUAUGCUUGAGACCAUCCAGGGAAUCAUCAUUCUCUCUUUCAUCGUCUGCAACCUGGAGGGCGUCUCACUGCGCUAUCGAUCCCUCAUCUCGACAGGCUCUUAUUAA